CGGGAAGGUUGUAGAGCCCCAAAGUCUCCCGGUCCGCAUUGCCCCCUUCUCCAAAAAGCUUCCUAGGGUUUCUCCGAUCGCCGACUGAUCUCUCUCAAAAACCCUAGAAAUCAGUCGGAGAUGCCUAUCUACAAGAUUCGAGGGAUCAAUGUAGAUUUCCCCUUCGAAGCGUACGAUUGCCAGAUCAUCUACAUGGAAAAGGUCAUCCAAUCUCUCCAAGAGAGAUGUAAUGCUUUAUUAGAGAGUCCAACUGGAACCGGAAAAACUCUGUGCCUUUUGUGUGCUACACUGGCAUGGAGGAAGAGUCUAGGUGACUUCUUGACCAGUGCAGAUCAAGACAGGAGCUGGGCUUCUGGAAGUCAGCACUCAAAUGAAGAGAAGGGCUGGUUUUCUGGAAGUCAGCAUUCAAAUGAAGAGAAGGGCUGGUUUUCUGGAAGUCAGAGUUCUGGAAGCCAGCAGCCUGACAGUCUAUCCAUGGAGCUUCCACGAUCAAAAUAUCCUGUAAUUGUAUAUACUUCUCGCACUCACAGCCAGCUGAAGCAGGUUAUCAGAGAAUUAAAAACAAGCAAUUACAGGCCCAAAAUGUCGAUACUGGGAUCUCGAGAGCAGAUGUGCAUUCACGAUCAAGUGCAAGAGAUUCGUGGCAAAGCACAAAAUAAUGCUUGUCAUACCCUAUGCAAGAAACGUAAAUGCCGUCAUCAAACUCAAGUGUCUGAGUUUAUGAAGAAAAACCAUGAACUUGGGAAUGAGCCCUUUGACAUUGAAGACUUGGUUAAGAUCGGACGAACAAAGGGGCCAUGCCCUUAUUACAUAUCGAGAGAACUUCAUAAGGCUGUUGACAUUUUGUUUGCCCCUUACAAUUAUCUCAUUGAUCCUGGAAACCGGCGUUCUCUAUCAGGCAUCAACUGGAAAAAUUCUGUACUUAUAUUUGAUGAAGCGCACAAUCUGGAGGGCAUAUGUGCAGAUGCAGCUUCCUUUGACUUGCCUUCAGCUUCUCUGAAUGCUUGUAUCUCUGAAGCAAAGCAAUGUGUGGACCUUUGUUUAAAGAGGAGGGUGAUUGAUAAAUCAAGUGAUAAGCAGCAUGAUCCAGAUAAUUAUGCCAUUCUUAGUGCCCUUCUGUUGAAGCUGGAGAAACGAGUUACUGAAAUUACCAUUGAUUCUAAGGAAUUGGGCUUUACUCGACCUGGGCAUUAUAUUUAUGAAUUCCUUUCUGAUCUGAAUAUCACACAUAAGACGGCCAAUAUGCUUAUUGAUACAAUUGAUAAUGCUGCUCUGCUUCUAGAAGAGGGAAAUGUAAGUGGCAAUGGCUUACCAAUUAAAACAAAGGGAACGAUAUGCAGAUUAGAGAGCAUCAGGGAUAUUCUUAAUAUUAUCUUCAGGGACGGUGGUAAAGGGCAUGCAAAGUUUUAUCGUUUUCAUGUGCAAGAAUCCAAGUCGAGUCCCAUAGAUUCCGUGAAAGGCAAAGCAUCACGGAUGCUCAGUUGGUGGUGCUUUAAUCCAGGACUUGCCAUGCAAGAAUUCAUAACGAUGGGUGUGGGAUCUAUCCUGUUGACAUCUGGCACUUUGUCUCCUCUGGACUCAUUGGCAUUGGAACUUAACUUAGAGUUUCCAGUCAGACUGGAGAACCCUCAUGUCAUAUCUCCUGAUCAAGUUUGGGUUGGUGUUGUACCUAGUGGCCCAUCUGGCUAUUCGUUUAAUUCUUCAUACAGAACUCGUGAUUCUCUAGAAUAUAAGCAAGAGCUUGGCAAUGCCAUUGUUAAUUUUUCCCGUAUAGUGCCUGAUGGAUUACUGGUGUUCUUCCCUUCUUACUACCUGAUGGAUCAGUGCAUUAGUUGCUGGAAACACAUGAGCCAUGCAAGCUCCACAGAUUUCAGUACAAUAUGGGAAAGGAUUUGUAAGAAUAAACAACCAGUUGUAGAGCCUAAAGCCAGUCAGCAGCUCUUCCCAGAUGCUAUCUGAGAUUUUGAGGCUAAACUGCGCGACAGUGCUACUUCUGGGGCAAUCUUUUUUGCUGUCUGUCGUGGCAAAGUAAGCGAAGGUCUGGAUUUUGCUGAUCAGGCUGGGAGAGCUGUGGUAAUUACUGGCAUGCCCUUUUCGAUGAAGACUGAUCCUAAGGUUCGUCUCAAACGUGAGUACUUGGAUCAGCAAGCCUUUCAGAAGAAAGGGUCGAAGGCUCUUACUGGAGAGGAAUGGUAUGUUCAGCAAGCAGCAAGGGCUGUGAAUCAAGCAGUUGGGCGUGUAAUUAGGCACCGCCAGGAUUAUGGAGCUAUAAUUCUCUGUGAUGAGCGGUUUGCCCAACAAAGCCUGCAAUUCCAAAUGUCAUCUUGGCUCCAGCCUUAUAUCAAGUGCUACCCUAAAUUUGGGGAAGCAGUUUUCACAUUGACCAGAUUCUUCAAAGCUAAUUGCAACCUCGUGAAGCUAAAACAAGAAGAAAACUUGAUCAUUGAGAGGCCUGUGGUGACCAAAGCCAAAAUUCUAUCUUCAAAAAGUCACUCCUGUUUGGCUUCCAAACCAUUAACAUCCACUGUUUCUGUCAUUGGUGUUAGCGCUCCCAUUCAGUUGGAACAGAUUGCACCAGCCAACCGCUCACAUCUUUCUAACAAUCAGCAUUUUAGCUUGACCAGGCAGUGUUUAAGAGAUUUCUCUCAGUAUCCACCACAAGCUAGCAAAAGCACCAGAACUCCUCAGCAUCAGGAGUAUAAAGUCAUUGAUUUAACUAGUGAUGAUUCUUAUCAUGAACAACAAGGAGUUAAUUUCAUUGCUCAAUGUUCUGCAAAAAGGCCAAAACUAUCAAAAAUUCAUUCUGAUGUAGUUAAACGUCAGUGCAGUUCUUCAAUGCAGUUAUGUAAAGCUGAUCUAAGCCAUUCCCCAUCAGAAACUUCUACGGAGUGUAGUUCUGGGAUAUGCUGUAAAGAAAUAUCGCCUCUUUCAGCAUGUGAACCUGUGUAUGCUAGGAGAUGCAGUAAGGAUAAGGGAACUCAAUAUGCUCAAGUUGAUCCAAUUGCGUCUAAACAUGAAUCAGAUACGAAGAUUGGUCUACCACCUAAAAACAAAGAAGGUGUUCAGAGUAGUGCUUUACCUUGUGGGGAUACAACAGCAAGAGGUUCUGCUUUCUUGGUGCAGGUUCAAGAAAAACUAACUCCUGAUGAAUAUAAAGAAUUUGUCGGUCUUAUGAAGGCACUGAAAUCAAAGACUAUGAAGAUAUCAGCUGUGAUAGAGCGGAUUGCAAUCUUGUUCUCUGGCCCAGUGAGGUUUCCUCUGCUUAUAGGGUUCAAAGAUUUUGUUCCUGCCAAAUUUCAGACUAUAUAUGAGCAGCAUCUCAGAGCUCUUGAUAGCUGAUGUGAAUCUAACUUCUUGAUUUAAUACAACGUCGAGUUUCAUGUUUCUUGACACAGCGCUUGCAUCUUCCUGGUUCGAACUUUUACGUUGUGGGGUAUCAGGAUAUCUAAGCAAGGAUACCAGCGAUGAAAGCAAAGGUAACAAUACAUAUUUGACCACUGGGUUAGUUCUUGACUUAUGGUCUACUUGUUUUGCUAUCUGCCUUUUUCUUAGUACAUUUCAGUCACUCUAUCUCGUCUGUUGACUAGGCUUGUAUUACACAUUAAGCUUUUAGUUACUGCAUAUUGAAGCAUAACUCCACAUGUGACAUUGGUUUAUGCAAUUUGUACCAAGCCAGCAGAUGAGCAUUGCUGUUCAACACCUUUUAUCAUGAAAAAAGCCUAUUUGAUUUCUUCUUUUACAUCUCAUCCUUUCCUUACAAAGGAGGUUGUAUGCAGAUAUUAUAUUUUCGCACCUUGUUUAAUUGUCUUUAAUCCUGAGUUAUGCAA